UUUCUGUGUUGUUAGUGAAGCAGCUCGGAGGAGAACAGAGAACAGAGAACAGAGAACAGAGAACAGAGAACAGAGGACCAGCAGCAGCAGCAGGAGAGGAAACAACAGAAAGAAGCAUCAGAUGAAGUGAACGAGGAUCUGUUCUCGUCCAAAGUGCCUUCAGCUCUCCGUCCAGCAGCGAAACAUGCCGAGAGGAUUCCUGGUGAAGCGGAACAAGAAGAGCAACCCGGUGUCCUACCGGGUCCGCUCGGAGAAGGAGGAACCGGAGCGAUCCGCCGCUGACGCGCCGCCGCCUCCGGUACCGCUGCCGCUGCCGCUGCGCUGCGCGCCGCUCGUCUCCGUCCCGGUGCGCGUACAGACGCCGACGCCCACCUGCGGAGCUGCGGCCACGGCUCCGGAGCGGGUCUGCAGACCGGUGCAGUUCGGGAACCCGGAGGUGGUUUACCAGACUCUCUACAGCCCGACCCGCCCGGUCAGCCAGGACCAUGACCGCUCCUACCUGGAGAGACGCGUCAAUCUCGGAUCACCUGUCUCCGCUGCGUCUUACCCGACUUCAGCAGCCCUCCCAGCUCUGGACCACCUCUACAACCCGGUGGACCUGAAAACCGGCUCCAGCAGCCGCAGCGAAGCCCGGGCCACACACACCGCGUCGCUCAAGCGACUGUCCAGCGACACAUCCAGCGCGUCGCUCCCCACCGCGGCGACCAAGCGGCCGCACAGCGACACCGAGCGCAAAAGCAAACCAGCCUCCAAGAAAACCAAAGCGAUCCGGAAACUGCACUUUGAGGAUGAUGUCACCACGUCUCCGGUUCUGGGGCUCAAGAUUAAAGAGCCUCCGGUGGACCCGAGACCUCAGCAGCCCGGCGGAGACAACAACGUCCCGAUGGGGGAGUUCGUGUGCCAGCUGUGCCGCGAGGCGUACGCGGACCCGUUCUCUCUGGCGCAGCACAAGUGCUCCCGGAUCGUCCGGGUCGAGUACCGGUGUCCUGAGUGUGACAAGGUGUUCAGCUGCCCGGCGAACCUCGCCUCGCACCGGCGCUGGCACAAACCGAAGCCGCAGAGCGCAGCCGCUGCCAGUGCGCAACAUUUGGAGACGGCGUCCGGUAAGACGGCACCGGAUGAAGCAAAGGAUUCUAGUGAUAGGGACACGCCCAGUCCCGGACCGUCCGAGUCCGGCUCAGAGGAAGGGCUGUAUGAUUGUAAUCACUGUGGGAAAAAGUUUAAGCGCCAAGCGUACCUGAGGAAGCACCUGGCGUCUCAGCACGGCUCCCCGAAACCGGCGGUGGCGGUGGUAGUGGCAGUGGCGGAGGACUUGGACGCGCCGCCUGCGGCGGCCUGCGAGCAGAAUGCGGCGCCGCUCAACCUGAGCGCCUCCAGCUGCCACCUGUGUCCCGUCUGCGGGGAGAACUUCACCAACAGAGGCAGCCAGGAGCGCCACAUCCGCCUGCUGCACUCCUCGCAGGUUUACCCGUGUAAGUACUGCCCCGCCGUGUUCUACAGCUCGCCGGGACUCACCAGACACAUCAACAAGUGCCACCCAUCUGAGAACCGGCAGGUGAUCCUGCUGCAGAUGCCGCUGCGCCCCGCCUGCUGAUCCGGGACUUUAAAGGCUGCUUUCACACCGAAACACGGAGAACAAGAAUCCAGCUCUGAUUGUGAGACUUUAAGGUUACACUGCAAAAACAUCCGGAAGGCUCCUGAAGUCUGAAAUCAAGUGAAACAUAGAUGAGUGAUUUAUUUCCUCUUGUUUCAGGUAUUUGGUUAAAAAAAAUCACCAAAUUUUAAUCAGUUCUCCUCUUUUAAGACCUUUAACACCCUGAACUCUGAAUUCAUUCAACACUUCUAGAAGAAUGUCCCUGUGUUUGUCUCGUUCUGGGAUGUUAAUUCAAGCUCAUCGACGGAUGUUUUUGCAGUGUAACUCUGUAGAGGUCAAAGGUCACCGCUCACCUGCAGCUGGCAGGGAUUCAGUGCCUUGCCCGAGGACACUUCAGCAGGUUGUGUGUGUUUGAACCCUGGCCUAUAAUCCCCCCCACUACCCACCACCCCAUCUCUGACGUCACUCUCCAAACACUUAAAGCGUUAGACUGUUAAUUUAUUUUUCUAGCAUCUCUGCACAAGUGCUAUUAGCUUCUAGACCUAAGAGAGAGGAGACGACCUGUAGCCGACGAAGAGCCGAACUCACCUUAUCUCAUCACUCGGACUAGCUUUAACGUAUAUAGCUUGUGGAUCUGUGGAUCAGUAGCUGUCGCCUGAAAACAAGAAGAGUCGAAGUAGUGUAGCCGGUUAAUGCCUUCUGGAUUAGAGCUGUAAAACUGCCUUAAACUGAUCUGAUUGUCUUUUUAUUUAUUGAUCUCUGGCUGGGUACGAUAUGAUUAUUAUUUUUUACAAAGCCUCCUGUAUUAUUACUAUACAGUAUAUCUAACUCCUUUGUGUUUUUUCUAUUUAUUUAUGUAUUUAUUAAAUUAUUUGUGUAACUUAUUGUGCGGUCUGUUGCUGUGUUUUCAUGAUGUAGCCAAAUUCUUUAAUUUAUAUGGAGACGAUGUGAAGAGGAGGACGGACGGCGUGUUCAUUAUAGCAAUCAAUGACUUUUAUCAGCCGCUCCUCGAUAAAUAAUAAUAAUAAUAACUGAAUGCAAUCAUUGAUUUUAUUUUGUUUCUGUUGUUUUUUUGUAACCCUUAGCUCUUAUACUGCUUCGGAUGUUUCUGCAGUAUUUUGCUAAAUGUCCAAAAAUAAUAAAAACCAAACUGAGAAACAGUU